AUGCCUGGCAUUGCCCCCCCUCGUCGACCUCAGCGUCUAUCCGGUCUCGGAGGCAAGACGCCUACCUCUUUCAAACCUCUUCCUCGCCCAGCANAAAGAUCAGAAUGUGGUUGCGACAAUCCUAGCUUCGAAGUCAUCGACGGUGCCAAGAUUUGUCUGAAUUGCGGUACUCAAGUCAGUGAGCAGAACAUCGUCGCAGAAGUCACUUUCGGAGAAUCAUCUACUGGUGCUGCCACAGUCGAAGGUGGUAUCGUCAACGAAAACUCGCGUCAUGCAAAGACAUUGGGUGCCGCUGCUGCUCGCAGAUUGGGUGCUUCGAUGCAGAGCAGAGAGGACAGCGAGAACAAUGGUCGCGAAUCUUUGCGUCUAUUCACUGCACGACUACCUAUCCCUCCUGAUGUUUCGGAUAAAGCUAUGGGUAUCUGGAAGCUCGCAUCUAACAGCAAUUUCACUCAAGGUCGUCGCGCUGAUGAGGUCGCCGGUGCUUGCUUGUACAUAGCUUGUCGAAACAAGGCCGAGAACACUAUCUUGCUCAUGGAUAUCGCUGAAGUCAUUUCAGUCAACGUCUUCAGCUUGGGAGAUACCUACAAGGGUCUGCUGGCUAACCUCUUCGUGGACUUCAAGGAAACUACCAAGAUGAUUGAAAUUGAGCCAUUGAUCCUCAAGUACGCCAGCAAGCUUGAAUUCGGUGAGAAGACUCGCCAAGUCGCUGAAGAUGCUGUCAAAAUCAUCCGUCGCAUGAAGAGGGAUUGGAUCGUGACAGGUCGACACCCAGCUGGUCUGUGUGGUGCCUGUCUUAUUCUGGCCGCUCGCAUGAACAACUUUCGUCGCACCGUCAGAGAAGUCGUCUUUGUCGUCAAAGUUGCUGAUCUCACAAUCUCCAAACGUCUCGAAGAGUUCAAGCGUACUCGUGCUGCUCAUCUCAAGAUUGACGAGUUUCGUGAANAAGGUGUGAGAAUCAGAGAACAAGCCGACCCACCAUCUUUGAUGGAAGCCGAACUUCGAAAGCAAAAGCAGUUGAGAAAAUUGCUGAAGCGCAAGGCCUACGAAAUGAGCAAGGAAUCAUCACGACAAUCUUCUGUCACCCCUGACGCUGGAUCCUCAUCUCAAGCAGAAGCAACACAAGCGGCCAAACGACAAAAGUGUCAAGCGCUCGCANGUAACGCUAUUCUCCAGGCAACAACCCAACAACCAUCUCAGCCUCGUCGUGAUGCGGAUGGUUUCGCAAUCCCCGAGAUUCCUCUCGACCCCGCUCUUCGCCGCAGCGCCAGUGUCGUUUCCGAUACUCAAGCUAAUGAGCACACAUCCUCUACACCCGAACCCACCGAAAUCAUCAAAGUCAAAAGUGGCCGUAAGAAGAAGGAAACAAUCACUCCACCACCUCUUACCGAUGCCGACUUCAUGGCCGAAGAAGAACUUGAAGGAGAGAUCCAAAACAUCUUGCUCGAACGUGAAUGUAUCUCCUCAAAAGAACAAGCCGAGAAAGAAAAGAUCGAAGAACGCGCAAAGACACUUGCAGAACAACAACGUGCUGCCAUUGUCCAACAGAACGCUCUGAGGCUAGAAGCCAUGGGCCGGCCACAUACACUCGUCUCCGACUCCGAGAUUAUCGGCGAAGACGAAUUCGCUGAUGAUCCUGAAGUUGCCAAUGCAUUGUUGAGCGAGGAGCAAGUCAAGGUGAAGGAGAUGAUCUGGGUCGCACACAACGAGGACUGGCUCCGCGCUCAACAAGCCAAACAGUUGAAAAAGGCACUCGAAGAAGCAGAAGGCAAAGACAAAAAGACCAACAAACGCAAAAGANGAGGUCGCAUGGGCGACGGAACUGUCCUCACCGAUGCAGGAACACCUGUCGAGUCGCCUGCCGAUGCUUCUUUGCGCAUGCUGGAGAAGAGAGCACCANAAGGUUUCUCGCAACGAGUCAACUAUGCUGCUCUGGGCAAAAUCUACGGCGAUCGCAGACAUGGCGAAUCGAGAGCCACAUCGGAAGCUUCCACUCCAGCACCAGAGAGCGUGCGUGCUGCUUCCCCAUCCACUGCUGUACAGUCACCGGAAGCCGGAUCUGCACAAGCUGCUCUUCCUACACCAGCAGCUACACAAGAUCCCUCUCAUCACGAAUCUACACAACCUGCAACAGAAGGAGGCGCACCAGAGGAGGAAGCAGAAGAGGAGGAGGAGGAAGAGGAAGAAGACGAGGGCGACUACUGGCCAGAUGCAGAAGCUCAACCCACUUCUCCACACUAUGAGGAAGAUGAAGACUUUGAAGCUGCUACUGGAGAUGUGACUGGUGAUUUCGGCAUUGGCGAUGACGAGUAUGGUGGUGGUGACGAUGAGUGGUAG